AUGAUGGGAGACCACACCAACCCUGCCUCUGCACCUAAAGAACUCGGUGUGGAAGAAUUAGAGCUCAUGAUCCAAUGGUGUACAGCAACGUAUCGCUCUAUCUCCCGGGAUGACACGGUUGAAUGGAUUUGGCGUGUCGUCGUGCCUCGAGAGGCGAUACACCACCCCUUCCUCAUGCAUGGUAUUCUCGCACUAUCGGCACUUCAUCUCGCAUUUGAUAAUAGCGGUGCUACAAAGGAGAGUCACUUAAUGAUAGCACGGUCUUACCAGAGCCAGGCCCGGGUCGGCCUGGAGAAGGUGAAGGGUAAACUGAACGACUCCAACACAAACGCAGUGUUCGCGCUAUACCAUAUAUUGAUUGUGUCUGCAUUCGCUCUUCCUCUCAUCAUGGAAUCAAAUGAAGAUCAAACCCCGUUAGACGAGCUUUGCGAGAUAUUCCGGCUCACCAGGGCAAUGGGGGAUUCCAUACCAGCGAUGAUCACCGGGGUCAAGUUAGGGGAAAUGAAAGAAUUAGUUGAAUCCAGCGAUCCGCCGCCACGCAUGCCCGACACGUCACGACUCGCUAUAAUGGCGCUUCUCAGAAUGAACGCGACCUUGGCCCGACAAAAUCCGGCGCAUGAGAGUGAUGUUUAUAGUCCCACCAUCAAGUACUUAGGAGAGUCGCUGGACAAGUUCGCAAGAGGCGGAGAGAUCAUGAUUGCCACAUUUCAGUGGAUCUUUCAGAUUCCACCGCGAUUCGUUGACUUGCUUAGAGAACGACAGCCGUUUGCUCUGAUUGUCCUCGGUCAUUUUGCUGUGAUUCUUCACUCCUUAAGAGAACAUUGGUGGAUGGGUGAAUGGGGAGCCAGGCUUAUUAGGCAGAUUGGGCAACACCUCGAUACGGAAGCAAAGCAGUCUUUGAACUGGGUUCUUGAUGCUACGGGAUGCUAUAUUCCCCCACGGUGA